UGAUGGUACUACAUUAGCAUCUGGUAGUUGGGAUAACUCAAUUCGUUUAUGGGACGUUAAGACAGGAUAAUAAAAAGCCAAAUUGGAGGGUCAUACUCAUUGGGUUUACUCGGUAUGCUUCUCUCCUGAUGGUACUAUAAUAGCAUCUGGUAGUGAUGACAGUUCUAUCCGUCUAUGGGAUGUUGAGACAAGAUAAUAAAAGUUCAAAUUGGAUAGCCAUAGUAAUUCAGUCAUAUCAGUAAGAUGGUACUACUUAAGCAUCUGGAAAUGCUGCUUCCAUUUGUUUUUUAAUUUUAAAAGGAGAAUUUAUGAAUC